GCGAGAAGCAGCGAACACCAUGGGUAUCCCUGAGCCGGAUGUGACUGUAGCCGACGGAAAUGUCGAGAAGGGUGCGAAGAUCUUCAAGACCAAGUGCGCCCAGUGCCACAAUGCCGACCAGGGUGGAAAGAACGGACAGGGACCCAAUUUGUGGGGUAUCAUUGGACGUGAGUCAGGCCAGGUAGCCGGGUUUGCGUACUCGGCUGCCAACAAGAACUCUGGAAUCAUCUGGAGUGACAAGCACCUUGAGGUCUACUUGCAGGAUCCCAAGAAGUACAUGCCCGGUACUAAGAUGGUGUUUGCUGGUCUGAAGAAGGCCGAGGAUCGUGCAGAUCUCAUCGCUUUCCUCAAGAGCAGGGGUUAAAGCCUCGUUGUUCUUGCUGUGUGGUAAUGAAUACAUAUCAUGAUCAUGGUUCUUGUGCAUGAUAGAGCAUCCCUUUGAAAAAUAGAAAAUUCAUGGAUCAUUUCAUGGAUCACA